GCCGCCCCGCCCCGCUCUGCCGUGCCGCAGCGCGCCUGCUCGGCGGCGUCAGGCGGGAGGGCGCCACUCCGCCGCCGCGGGCCGCGCCGCGCCGUCCGCAGCAUGCGCGGGGAGCGCCGGCUGCAGCGGCGCCGCCGGGAGCCGGGCGGGCGGGGGCCGCGCCGCCCUUCCGCGGGCGCCGCGUCGGGGCUGCAGCGGCCCUAGGCGGGGCCGCGCGCGGGCGAGCCGCCCCCGCCGCUGCGCGGGGCCCGAGCCUGGCGGCGCGGCGCGGCCCUGCGACGGCGGCGCGGCUGCCCCCGCCCCGCCCGCUGUCGCGGGAGCGGCGGAGCUGGAGCGGGCGCGCGGCUCCGCGGCUGAGCGCCACCGGCCAGCCCGGCCAUGGACGGCGAGGGAGCAGCGCCGGGCGCGCCGCCCCUCUAGGCUCGCCGGCGGCCGGCCGCGCCCGCUGCGGGAGAGCAUCCUUCUUCUGUGUGAAGGCUGCGUACCGGUCUUUCGACAUGUUCUGUCCAGUGACAAAUGAAGGAGUAGUUAGAAUAAAGCACUCGCGCGCACCACCACCUUCUGCCCCUUGAAGAGUACUUCAGAUGAAAACCGAAUGGUGACCGGACUGCUAGCUGUCUUCCGCAGCCUUCCCCCAGCAGUGGAGUCGGAGGAGAGGUUUGCUAUUUUUCUUACGAUGGAAAGGCUGGUUGUCUAUCUAUUGGUUAUUAGCACGGCUGUGAAGGCCAUGAUGUGUCCCAAAAGAUGUAUGUGUCAAAACCUGUCUCCAUCCUUCACGAUUCUCUGUACGAAGACUGGACUUCUCUUUGUGCCCCCCAGUAUUGACAGGAGAACAGCAGAACUUAGGUUAAUGGAUAACUUUAUCACUACGCUUAGGAGAAAGGAUUUUGCAAACAUGACUAAUCUAAUUCAUUUGACGCUAUCGAGAAAUACAAUAAGUCAAAUUAUGCCUUACGCAUUUUUUGAUCUUAAAGGCCUUCACGCCUUACACUUGGAUAGUAAUAGACUGACUUAUAUCAAUGAAGAUCAUUUCAAAGGUUUAAUUAAUCUUCGACACUUAAUACUCAGUAACAAUCAAUUAAACUACAUCUCUCCUGGGUCGCUGGAUGACUUUAUUGAAACAAUUGAAGACUUGGAUCUGUCCUACAACAAUCUCGUUAACGUUCCUUGGGAAACGAUUGCCAAGCUUUCUAACGUCAAUACGGUUAGUUUGGAUCAUAAUCUCAUUGAGUUUGUGCCGGAGGGAAUCUUCUCAAAUCUUCACAAACUUGCCCGGCUAGACAUGACCUCCAACAAGUUGAAAAAGAUCCCCCCCGAUCCUUUGUUUUCCAGAAUACCAGUAUAUGCUAAAUCUAAAGGAUCUCCGCUGUCGUCUCUGGUGCUUAGUUUUGGAGGGAAUCCUUUGCAUUGCAACUGCGAACUAGUGUGGCUGAGACGUCUCACCAGGGAAGACGAUCUAGAAACAUGUGCCUCGCCGCCAGAACUGAUGGGCAAAUAUUUUUGGUCUAUUAAAGAGGAGGAAUUUGUCUGCGAACCUCCGAUGAUAACACACCGAACCCCAAAAUUGACAGUCACGGAAGGCCAAAGCGUCUCUUUGAAAUGUAAAGCUGUGGGCGAUCCGGACCCGUAUGUUCGCUGGAUUUCACCUGAUGGGAAGCUGGUCUCUAACACAUCUAGGACUAUUUCUUAUGAGAAUGGUACUCUGGAUAUUUUGGCUACUUCUCUGACUGAGAAGGGCACGUUUACUUGCAUAGCGUCAAAUGCUGCGGGAGAGUCUACCGCUCCAGUCGAACUCCUCGUUACCCCGUACCCUAACCUCGCUAACAGCACCAACUGUGAUAAAGAUGCUGAGCCUGGUCCUUCAGAUAUUCUCAUAUCUGCCAAGUCAAGUUUUCCAAAUGAAACGAAGGCUCAGCAAGAGAAGGUGGUCACGGUCGCUGAGCUGACGUCAUCCUCUGCUCUUAUACAGUGGCCUUCUCAGCAUCACCUCCCUGGGAUUCGAAUGUACCAGAUCCAGUAUAACAGUUCUGCCGAUGACAUAUUAGUGUACAGGAUGAUCCCAGCUGCUAGUAAAUCCUUCUUCUUGACUGAUCUGGUUGCAGGACGCGAGUACGACCUUUGCGUUCUUGCCGUUUACGAUGAUGGAUUGACAUCUUUGACCGCAACCAGAGUGAUUGGAUGCGUGCAGUUCACCACCCAGGAAGAGUACAAGCAGUGCCGAUCCCUUCACGCGCAGUUUCUCGGAGGAACCAUGAUCAUCAUUAUCGGUGGAAUCAUUGUGGCUUCAGUUCUCGUUUUCAUCUUCAUCCUCCUCAUGAAAUACAAAGUCUACAACAACCACCACAAAAAUAAAACUACAAAAGUUAGUAACGUCUGCUCUCAAACCAAUGGAAGCCAAAGCGGCUCGAUGGCACGCUCCACUUCUAAACUCGCGGAGAGGCGGGAAAGUUUGCACCAGGAUUGCUCGGGAUCUUCCAUUAAAGGAAAAACCGUUGUAGAUUUGGAUUGCGAAAAAGUGACUCCGACCAGCACAACCUUUUUAACAACUGAUGCGUUAUCUUAAUGGCCAUUUGACGGAACAGGACGUGCUAAGGUGGUAUUGCUUGAAACAUUUUAAUGCGAGUGGUUGUAUUUUAAGCUUCACUACUAUUGUCUAUUUUUAAGAUCAGAUGGUUUAAAAAAUAUUUUUUUAAUCUGUAAACAGUUCUUGCAUUCUUAACUAUUUUGUUUCAAUAUAUUAAAUAUAAGUGUGUGAUUUACAAGAUUUUUUUACUGGUUCUUUUAUAGCAUACACCUCUGGUGUCGAGGCAGCAGCAUAGCUAAGUUCUGACUAGGUUUGUCUUCAGUGAAAUGCGCUAUUUGUUCAUUUGUUUACCGACUAGCAGCAAAGAUGUACUGUCAGGAUCCUCAGACUUCCUUUCUCAUAGCAGAACUGUUUAGCAGCCUAAACUUAAUCAUUCGUAAGGAAUGGUUUGUUAUAAAAAGUUAAUAGGUUCUCAAUGCGGAGUUAUUUAUUGUCAUAGAUGCAUUGUAUACGUGCAGCUCACAACAGAAAUAAAAUACGUAGAGGUUCCCUAUGGGAGAAAAAAAAAUUGCUACUCUUUAAAAAGAAAGAAAAUGGAAAGUACUUUAGCAUAGUCUCUCCGAAUUAUACGCUGGCACAGAAAUACCAACUCGUAUUGUUUGUUUUAUAAAAGCUGGUAUCUCCUGAGAGUGUGCUUUUGAGAAACCUCUCGGAAGUCACAGAGUUACCUCUGCUUGGGCAGUAAGAAGCUCCCUCUUUUGUUCUUCCUAGGUAGUAAAACUUCACAAACUGGUUGAAAUUAGAUGUGCUCCGCUGUGCACAUAUUUGCCAUGCUGAAACACGUGCCAUAGCCUCCUGUUCUAAAAGCAUACUGCUUGAGGUAUCUUUCUCUUUCUUCUUUUUAUGUAAAUUAGUUGAGCGAGGACCUGCAGGUUAAAGCUGCUGCGUCCCGAGGCACGCCGCACUAUCUCACUGUGACACUGCAUCUUCAGAUGGCUUUUAUACCGGUCUCUUGUUUCUGUGAUACUGCAUGAAGUGUAAUGUAACUGGCUGAAAGAUGAAUUAUGUAAAUGUUUCCAUGCAAGUCAUUUUAAUGAUUCAUACGGAAUAAUUAAAUGUUCCUUUUGUUCAAAGGGAUACUGUCAGAUCGAGAUGGGCCCAAAGUUUAGGUUUGGAAAUACUCUCUUACAAAACCUAAGAGGAGUCGUAACCUUGACUAAACAAAAUGUCCCCGCUGCCGCCUUCUUUGAUGGGAAUCCUUUGCGUUGUUUUGGUACUCGGCUUCGAAAGCAAAACAAGAAAAAGCGUGAAUACCUUUAUUUAUAAACUGCGAGAAGUGGAAUGGGAAAACAAAUGACGGGAGAGGCUUGUGAGCUGAGUGACUGGCUUGUAUCUUUCAAGGUGAUUGUGUCACAAUUUAGAAGUCAACAAAAAGCAAAGGUAUUCCUCCUAACAUUGUCCCUUUAAUUGACUACAAGUAUUUUUUCUUGGUUGGAUAGGAAAGCACGGGCCAAGAAAAGUCAUAUGGUGGACAGCUGAAAGCUGUUUAACUAUACAGCAUUUAAGUAAUAUAUUUUAUUUGAUCAUGAAAUUAAGUAAUAAAUAUAACUGUAAAAAUUA